GAGGCCGCAGUGGCAGCGGCGGGCGCUCGGACCCCGGCUGCCCCGCCGCGCCCGCCGGCGUCCGGCGCUCCCCGUCCCGGCAUGGCAGCCCCCGUGGGCCGGCGCGGCUCAGAGACGGAGCGCCUCCUGACACCCAGUCCUGGGUAUGGCACCCGGGCCGGGGCUUCCCCGGUCCCUCCGGAAGAGGAGGACCUGCGUCGCCGCCUCAAGUACUUUUUCAUGAGUCCCUGUGACAAAUUCCGGGCCAAGGGUCGCAAGCCCUUCAAGCUGAUGCUGCAAGUCGUGAAGAUCUUGGUGGUCACGGUGCAGCUCAUCCUGUUCGGGCUCAGCAACCAGCUGGCAGUGACCUUCCGGGAGGAGAACACCAUUGCCUUCCGGCACCUCUUCCUCCUGGGCUACUCUGAUGGGGCGGAUGAUACCUUCGCAGCCUACACGCGGGAGCAGCUGUACCAGGCCAUCUUCCACACCGUGGACCAGUACCUGAUGCUCCCCGAUGUGUCGCUGGGCCGGUAUGCCUACGUGCGGGGCGGAGGUGGCCCCUGGGCCAAUGGCUCGGCCCUGGCCCUCUGCCAGCACUACUACCACCGCGGCCACGUGGACCCGGCCAACGACACCUUUGACAUUGAUCCGCUGGUUGUCACUGACUGCAUCCGGGUGGACCCCCCUGAGAGACCCCUUGUGCCCCCCAGUGAUGAUCUCUCCCUCUCGGACGGCAGCGCCAGUUACAAGAACCUCACACUCAAAUUCCACAAGCUGAUCAACGUCACCAUCCACUUCCAGCUGAAGACCAUCAACCUCCAGAGCCUGAUCAACAACGAGAUUCCAGACUGCUACACCUUCAGUGUCCUGGCGCACAGCGGCCGUAUCCCCAUCAGCCUGGAGACCCAGGCCCACAUCCAGGAGUGUAAGCACCCCAGCGUCUUCAGGCACGGAGACAACAGCUUCCGGCUCCUGUUUGACGUGGUCGUGAUCCUCACCUGCUCCUUCUCCUUCCUGCUGUGUGCCCGCUCGCUGCUCCGUGGCUUUCUGCUGCAGAACGAGUUUGUUGGGUUCAUGUGGCGGCAGCGGGGACGGGUCAUCAGCCUGUGGGAGCGGCUGGAAUUUGUCAACGGCUGGUACAUCCUGCUGGUCACCAGCGAUGUGCUCACUAUCUCGGGUACCAUCAUGAAGAUUGGCAUCGAAGCCAAGAACCUGGCGAGCUACGAUGUCUGCAGCAUCCUCCUGGGCACCUCCACCUUGCUCGUCUGGGUCGGCGUCAUCCGCUAUCUGACCUUCUUCCAUAAGUACAACAUUCUCAUUGCCACGCUGCGGGUGGCCCUGCCCAGCGUCAUGCGUUUCUGCUGCUGUGUGGCUGUCAUCUACUUGGGCUAUUGCUUCUGUGGCUGGAUCGUGUUGGGGCCCUACCACGUGAAGUUUCGCUCGCUGUCCAUGGUGUCCGAGUGCCUGUUCUCGCUCAUCAACGGGGACGACAUGUUCGUGACGUUCGCCGCGAUGCAGGCCCAGCAGGGCCGCAGCAGCCUCGUCUGGCUGUUCUCCCAGCUCUACCUCUACUCCUUCAUCAGCCUCUUCAUCUACAUGGUGCUGAGCCUUUUCAUCGCGCUUAUCACUGGUGCCUACGACACCAUCAAGGUCAGCGCCGGCCCCCACGCCCUCCCCCCAGCCCGCCUCCAGUGGGGCCAGCCCUCACAUACUCGCAGCCGUGUACCUGGGGCUCCAGGUCCCCUUAGCAGGGUCUCAGGGCACAUGAGGCAGGGUGAGGAGGGAAGGGUCCAGGGGGAGAAGGUGGGAGACUCUGAGAAGCCAGAGAGAGGUGACUGGGGUGGUGGUGGCGAACCGCAGCCGCCAGUCUUGGUUUCAUCCGCGUGGGGUUCUGGCCAGGUAAGGUUUCCUGAGUCCGCUUUUACCAAGCGAGAGACCAGGCUGUAGAGUUCUAGUGACUUGCCUGAGGUCAGCUUCUAAGCGGCCAGGCUCAACCCAGGACUGAGGGAUUCCGGAAGGCCCCGCUCCUAAUUCUUCUGUAGGGCGGUCUGGGCGGGAGCUCUUUAAGUCCAGGGAGUGGCGGUCCUGCAGGUUGCGGGGGUCAGAGGAAAGGGGUCGGAGUAGAAUGUGGGGGUGGCAGGUGGGCCAGACCCUGCGCUGGGUGGGUAUCUAGGAAACGCAGUGUAUACAGAUUAGUCUGGACCAGUGGGCAGGGUGGUGAACAGCUGGUGAAAGGAACGAAGGCUACAGAGGGUCCCCUGGUCUAGACUGGUACUGGGGUGAGUCUGGGAAAGUUUCUAGAAUGUGCUAAUACUAAUCUUAGCCACCUGUGACUACUUAAAUUUUGACUUGAAUCAAAGUGAAUUCCACACUCAGUUCCUCACUCACAUCUUUCGCGUGUCAAGUGCCCGAAAGCCAGUAUGGCUGGUGACAACCAGGUUGGUCGGCACAGAUAGCAAACCUUGCCACCAGCUCAGAAACUUCUGGAUUGACGAGAUGAGAGUUGAAGAGAGAGAGCACCCGGGAGAAGGAACAGCCAGAGCAAAGGCCCAGUAGCCAGAAAGGACUUGGGGAAGAGAUGCUGAUUCCUCUACCAGGUUGGGAGGGGGUGAAGGCUUUGCUGAAAGCAGAUGUGCACCCCCCCCCCCGCAAACAUGGAUAAACCAUCCCACAGACACACUCUGUCACCCAGGCCCGAGGAGCCCCUGUGGAGCUUGCUCUAGCGCCUCAACGUCACACGUGUGUAUCAGCUUGGGACGCACAAGCCCAGACCUUGAUCCCGCUGUGUGCACCCAACUCAGUAGUUGCGUGUCAAGCGCCCAGAUUGUGUCACGUGUGGUUCUGGGUGCUGGAGCACAGCAGAGGGCACCAACUGACUGAGAUGCGGGGGCACGUAUUCGGGAGGCCAGGGAAGGUCUCCCGGGGAAGCACACCGUGAGGAAGGACAGGUGCAGGGGACAGUGAGUACAGAGUGAGAGUGCAAAGGGGUGGGGGUGGGGGGAGGCGGGGAAGCUUGGCUGGUGGAAGGAACCAGGAGGAGAUCCAGUUGGCUGGCUGGCGAGGUGGUGGUGGGGAGGCCAGACAUCAAAGGGGCCACCC